AAAAAAACAGAUCAAGUCAAAGAAAAGAACGUUGUACAUGCUUUUAGUCAACAGACAGAAUACAAGUCUGAAGGAGGGCCAUAGUUCUGUCCUGUGGGUUUGAACAAAACUCAACUCUCAAAAUGCCCAGAAGAAACCACCACCCAGAUGGCAACUUUUUCAGAGGAAAAGGACACAGCUAUCUUGCAGUAGAAGAAGCCCUGGGUAUUGGAAUCUUCAUUUUGGUGCUGGCCAUGCUAUUUAUCUUUGUCUGCUGGUAUUACAAGAGACGUAGUGGCUAUAAAAGUCUACAGAGCAAAAGCACUAGUACGGGCACAAUACAAACCAUGGUAGGUGAGGGAAGAAUAGCGGACUGCAAAAUGGCUCUGCAGGAGUACAGAAACUUUGAUUCUGUGGUACCCGGUGCUCCACCAGCUUAUGAAAAAAUUGAUGCAGAUCAGUUACCACCACCUUAUUCACCAUGAUAGCAACAGACCUUAAACUUUGAGAACAUUAAUACAAUUUCUUCAUGCUCCCUCUUAAUUCCCUGUACAAGCUUAACUUUCUUAAAGAUAAAACAGUAAUAAAAAUCACAUGCUUUCAAAAGCAACUGCUGAAAAUUAUUCCUGCAUAGUUUACAGAACUAGUUCUUGAAAUGCCUCAAUAAAGCUGAACGUGCUUUUGUUUUAA